AUGGAUUUUGAUGGGAAAGUAACUCCUAAUGAGGUUGCAGUUGCUCCGAACUACUUGAAUUAUACUUUAGGCAAGGAGGGCAUCCAAGAACUCAUAGGCAACCUUUCCAAAGAUAAAGAUGAGAAAAAUCGUGUGGAAGAUAUUGUGAAAUUGGGCAGCCGGACAGAAGAUGCAAACCAAGCUGAAGAUGAGGGAAUAGGGAAUAAUAUAUAUGAGUCACUGACUGACUUUAUUCAUGAUAUAUAUAUAUAUAUAUCUGAGACUCUGAAAUGGUUGUGGAGUGGAUUUGGUUAA